ACAAUUAGCUUUCCAUCCCCAACUUGGUCUUUUUUUCAUCUGCAUUCUCCAUGGAUAUUGAUGUCGGACCCGUUGAUCCAUCUGUCCUUUACGAACAAGAACUCCAUGUUUCAUCUGCUGUCUGGGAAGCACAGGAACGAGGUCUCCUCCGUUGCCAAGAACACACUUCACUCCUCCAUCAAUGGAAACUCACCGACGAACAAACCAAGCUCGUCGACAAAGCAGGCUUCGGACUCUUCCGCCGAAUCGGCCCAAUGACACUAAACAACUCCUUAAUCUCCGCUCUCGUCGAGCGGUGGAGAAGAGAAACCAACACAUUCCAUCUCGCUCUAGGAGAAACGACGAUAACCCUCGACGAAGUAUCCUUAGUCCUCGGCCUCCAGAUCGAUGGAGACCCCGUCGUUGGCUCCAAAGUAGGCGACGAGGCUGCGAUGGACAUGUGCGGUAGGCUCUUGGGGAAGCUCCCGUCUGCAGCCAACAAGGAAGUGAACUGCUCGAGGGUGAAGCUUAACUGGCUCAAGAGAACGUUCUCCGAGUGUCCUGAAGACGCUUCUUCUGACGUUGUGAAGUGUCACACUCGGGCUUAUCUUUUGUAUCUGAUUGGGAGUACGAUCUUCGCUACUACCGAUGGCGAUAAAGUGUCGGUGAAGUAUUUGCCUUUGUUUGAGGAUUUUGAUCGAGCUGGGAGGUACGCUUGGGGUGCUGCCGCGUUGGCUUGUCUUUAUCGUGCUCUUGGUAACGCGUCGCUUAAGUCUCAGAGUAAUAUUUGUGGAUGCUUGACGCUGCUUCAGUGUUGGAGUUAUUUCCACUUGGAUAUUGGUAGACCGGAGAAAUCCGAAGCGAGUUUCCCACUCGCUCUUUUGUGGAAAGGUAAAGGAAGUAGAUCCAAAACUGAUCUCUCUGAGUACCGGAGAGAGCUUGAUGAUCUAGAUCCAACCAAGAUGCAGAUCUGUUGGUGCCCAUACGAAAGAUAUGAGAACAUGAUCCCUCCACAUGUUAAAGCCAAGCUGAGUCUAGGAAGAUCGAAGACGACUCUUGUAUGCUUCGAGAAGAUUGAGUUGCAUUUCCCAGACAGGUGUUUGAGGCAGUUUGGGAAACGACAGCCGAUACCUCAGAAAGUGAAACGCCGCGAUAGGAAGAACCGGCGGCUUGAUGACUUGGACACGUCGAUGACUGCAGCGUGCGAGGAAUGGGCUGAGCGUGGAGACCAUAUCGUGGACAGUUCUGGAGGUGGCAAUGUGGUGGAUGAUGGAGCUUACAUGGAGUGGUAUGCUCGGAUCAGUAUCACCAAACUAAACAGAGAAGCGUUUCUCGAGAACCAAGUCAUGAAUAUGAUUGCUUGUAUGAGAGAGUUUGAGGAAGCUGCUUCAGGGAUUUCGAUGGAGAGAUUGUCUCCGGUAGAGAGGGAAGUGAUGGAGAGUGUGAAGGAUACGUUUUCUAGUAGUUUGACGUUUGGAGGAUGGCAAGAGGUGGCGGUUAAUAGUAGUUAUGGAAAGCGCCGGCGUCGGAAUGAACAAACUCCGACGAUGAAUAAUGGUGGUGGCGGUAGUGAUCUUUCAUCUCUACUGCUUCAAAAGAAUACAUGAAGCUCUUUUGUUUUAGUUUACGUUUUCAACUUGUUGCAGUGUUUAUGCAUAUAUUAUUGGGCACUAGGUGCGAAGACAAUGACAACUUCUAUUCAAAUAGAAUGACAUGGUUUAACCUAAAUUCAGACUGA